AUGGACAUGAACGUGACGCGCCCGGACAACGCCACCAUCCUGAUGCUGCGGGACCCGGCCAUCGCGGUGGUGCUGCCGGCCGUGUACUCGCUGGUGGCGCUGGUGAGCAUCCCGGGCAACCUGUUCUCGCUGUGGGUGCUGUGCCGGCACAUCGGGCCCAAGACGCCGUCCGUCAUCUUCAUGAUCAACCUGAGCGUCACGGACCUCAUGCUGGCCUGCGUGCUGCCCUUCCAGAUCUACUACCACUGCAACGGCAACCACUGGGUGUUCGGCGUGGUGCUCUGCAACGCCGUCACCGUCACCUUCUACGCCAACAUGUACUCGUCCAUCCUCACCAUGACCUGCAUCAGCGUGGACCGCUUCCUGGGCGUCGUGUACCCGCUGGCGUCCGCCCGCUGGCGGCGCCGCCGCUACGCGCUGGCGGCCUGCGCGGCCACGUGGCUGCUGCUGCUGGCGGCGCUGUCCCCGCUGGCGCGCGCCGACCUCACCUACGCCGUGGACGCGCUGGGCAUCGUCACCUGCUUCGACGUGCUCAAGUCCACCAUGCUGCCCAGCGUGGCCACGUGGGCCGCCUUCCUCUUCACGCUGUUCGUCGUCCUCUUCCUCAUCCCCUUCGUGGUCACCGUGGCCUGCUACACGGCCACCAUCCUCACGCUGCUGCGCUCCGCCGACCGCCACGGCCGCGCGCAGCGGCGCCGCGCCGUCUGCCUGGCCGCCGUGGUCCUGCUCGCCUUCGUGGCGUGCUUCGCGCCCAACAACUUCGUGCUCCUGGUGCACAUGGUCAGCCGGCUCUUCCUGGGUCGCAGCUACUACCACGUCUACAAGCUCACGCUCUGCCUCAGCUGCCUCAACAACUGCCUGGACCCCUUCGUCUACUACUUCGCGUCCAGCGAGUUCCAGCUGCGCCUCCGCGACUACCUGGGCUACGGCCCGCUGCCCGCCGCCGACAGCCCCGACGGCCGCCGCGAGAGCCUCUUCUCCGGGCGGACCCUGUCCGCGCGCUCCGUGGACGGGCAGGAGGCGCCCGAGAGGCCCAGCGUGAGGCGGCAGGAGAGCGUCUUCUGA